AUGGCCAGCCCAGUCCCGCGGCGAUUCACCAUCGACAGGCCGCGGUCGUUGUUGGAGUACUACUACGGCGUCUCGCCAGAGGGCAGCGAGGACCAGCGGCUGUACGUGCGCAGGAGGGCCGCCUCGCGGACAAACCCCGACUUGGUCCUGUACGACGGGCCCAACGACCAAUUCCCCGUCCGGGCCGUCUCACACAUCCUCACCAUGUCGCCCAGGUUCAAGCUCGGCCUCGGAGAUCCGGCGGACGAAAACGCCGUGGUGUGGGAGGACAUGACCCGGCCCCUCGGGCUGGCGAAUAACUUUUCGUGGUCCAUGCUGCUUCAUGCUCCCGAUAACGGGAGCGGGCGGGCCGAGAGGCGAUCGUUUGUGUGGAAGAGAACGCGCCAUGUCACGGCGGACGGGAUGGCCAAGUCGGCGCUCAGCAGCCGCAAUUGGAAGCUGCUGGAGGGGCGGGCGGGCGCGGACCGAGACGGGACGGUGCUGGCCGUCUUUACGGGCGUUAUCAAGAGGGGUCUGUGUGGGACGCUGCAGGUCAACGUCGACUACGGGGCCGAGUUUGAUACGAUGGUGUUUAUUACGUGCUUGAGCCUGUACGAGCGGGCGCGGAGGGACUGA